CAGAACCCAAUGUGAUUACGAAAAUGCUUGUUACGUUAUCGUUUGUUUAAGGUUAAAUCACUCGUGGUUAAACUUCGCAUUAAGGAGACACACCGUGCUAAAAUGUCAGGUGAAGAAGAGGAGAGCGACAAGGGUUUUCGGCUGCUGGGGAUUCUGGAUGUCCAAAAAACUCCGUGCUCCAGAGAGGCCGUCCUGCACGGAGCUGGAGGCUCAGUAGCAGCUGGACUGCUGCACUUUCUGGCCACCAGUCGGGUGAAAAGGUCUUUUGAUGUGGGAUUUGCAGGUUUCAUGAUCACCACAUUUGGAUCCUGGUUAUACUGCAGGAUGAGCAACGCUAAGCUUCGUGUACAACAGAGGAUAAUCCAGGACGGCAUCAAGAACAAAGUCGUGUACGAAGGGACCGUCCUGGACCCAACCAAAAAACCUGCAGCAGAAACGACAUCAGGCCCCUCAUGACCUCAGGUGCUGAAACUCUUUCUCCUCCUCUUCUUCCUCCUCCUCCUCCUCUGUCAGGGCUCGGAGGAGACGAAAAGACUCUGUCAGCUGUCACUCUGUUGUUGAGUUUUCCAAAAGACUGACUUCAACUGCACAAGUUGGGUUUUUUUCUGUUUGUUUUCUUUGUUUGUUUGUUUUUUUCUUUGUUCACAACAAAACGAAAACAUUAAAACUCACAUUUCAUCCCUCCUUUUUGACUGAAGGAGCGAGCUGAUCCUAAAUUGAACCCUGAUGAUGAUAAAACCAGUUAAAUUCUCAAUACUUGAAACUCUGUGAUUACAGCGACUCAUUCAGUGUUGAUUCUUUUACACCAAUCAACCACUAAAUAUACAAAUAAGUCAAGCAAAACUAAUAGUGUGAUGUCAGUCUUUAAUUGUCUUGUUCAUAUGAAACAGUCUGAGCUACUGUACUAAUAAUAAGUCGAAAUAACUACUUGGAUAAAAAGUGGAAUAAGGGUUGAAAGUGACACUAUUGACAGCUUUUUAAUUGAUUGCAUUAUCUAAACAGACAACACUGACUGGCUGUGAAUCAUAGCUGUUUGUCUGAUCUGAUCUGACGAUAAACUGUAUUUAUUGUGCUAUUUGUUCCGAGUCUUUAAGAGUUGUAACUGGAAAGCAAUUUCAGCAUUGAAUCAUUGGGAUAAACUUGUACUACAGUGCUUCAGAAGUUGUUAAAAAAUGAUAAAGAACAAGAAUUAUAAAGUAGAUGAAUGGCUGAUAUGCAACCUACAGACGGCCGAGCAGCAGCAGCAGUUCUUUGGUUCAGUGCUGAAUCAGCUUUGAAAUUCACAUGAAAGCCUGAUUAUAGGAUCACUUAGUAUUUAAGCAGUGAAUGUGUGGAGAAUAAAUUGUGAAAUGAGUAAGA